GGCUUGGACAGUGGAUUGGAUUUACCGAAGCCGGUAGACCGACCGUGGGGAGUAGUCGUCUUGUGGAGGGAAUCGGAAAGAAUGUCGGACCUAGCGAUAUGGAAAGAGAAGGUGGAAAAUCUGCGGCUGUUGUUGCAGUUGUAACUGAGUCUCGAUUUACGCAGCGAUACAGGGAAUAUCUCCAGAAGCUGAAACUCCUGGACAGACAGCAUCGUGUGGUAAAGAUGCCAGAUGGCACAGUGGCGCUGCCGCUGCUGGGAGAGACUCUCCCGGAGCAGCACCUGCAGGAACUGAGGAAUCGCGUGGCCCCAGGCAGCACAUGUAUGCUGACGCAUCUCCUGGAUCCUGUUCCUUCAAAGAAGGCCCAGGGUUGUUCACCUGCCCAAAAACUGAGGCUUGAGGUGAGUCGCUGGGUAGAGAACCGAGGAGUAACAUGGUCAGCGGAGUUGGAGACCGAUUUGCCCCGAUCUUGGCAACGGCACGGUAACCUUCUGUUGCUGAGUGAAGACUGUUUCCAAGCGAAACAAUGGAAAACUCUAGAACCAGAACUCUGGGAGACCGUUGCCUCCGCGCUUGGCGUCCAGCGUUUGGCAAAACGAGGGCGGGUAUCACCAGAUGGCACUCGAUCUCCAGUAGUGACUCUACUGCUGGGAGACCAUGGCUGGGUACAGCAUGUGGAUAAUGGUAUCCGGUAUGAAUUUGACGUGACCAAGUGUAUGUUCUCCUUCGGAAACAUAACUGAGAAGCUGCGCGUGGCAUCACAGCCAUGUGCUGGAGAAGUGCUGGUGGAUCUCUAUGCAGGGAUUGGAUAUUUUACAUUGCCUUUCCUAAUUCAUGCUGGUGCUGCCUUCGUCCAUGCAUGCGAGUGGAAUCCCCACGCCGUGGCUGCUCUGAGAAAUAAUCUUGAGAUCAAUAGAGUAGCAGAUCGCUGCCAAAUACACUUUGGGGAUAACAGGAAACUAAAGCUGUCAAACAUUGCAGAUAGAGUGAACCUGGGACUCAUUCCCAGCUCUGAAGAAGGCUGGCCCAUUGCCUGCCAAGUGCUACGACAGGAUUCUGGGGGCAUUUUGCAUAUCCACCACAACGUGGAAUCUUUCCCAGGAAAGAAUCUCCAGCUUCUUGGAAGCAGCAAAAUGGACAAAGAGCAUAGACCUUUUCCUCAGCAAAUUACCUCUAACCUCUGCAAAAGUGGAGCUACCAGAGACUCCAGCAGAAAAAUGCUGUCACCAGCCAUCAAGUCAGAGUGGCAAAAGUGGGCAGAAUAUGCAGCAACUCGAAUUGCCACUUUUCUUCAGGAAGUGCAUGGGAAACAGUGGAAGACACAAAUCCUGUGCAUCCAACCAGUAAAAUCCUAUGCUCCUCAUGUUGAUCACAUAGUCCUGGAUCUGGAAUGCCGCCCCUGUCCUCUAGUUGGCUAGAGCAGAUGGAUCUGGGGACAUGAGGGAUCCAUGUGUGUGCGACCCUUAAUGUAUCAGUUCCGACCAGGUCAUCCUUCUGUCUCCUGGUGAUCUAUUUUAGUAUUUUGUGGCCUCACAGACAGGCAUUAGACCAGUCCAAAUAACUUCAUUUGUCUUCCAUCGAUCACACUGAGAAUUACCUAUCUGGGAGAAGCAGCAUGGCUCAUUGAAAUAAGGCUCUUCUAUGCAAUCAUGAGUUCUGAAUUCUGUCCUAUCCUGAUUUUGGAUAUAUGGUUUCAGAUGUUCUUUUGGCCUUUAAUUUUUCUUUGCAAGACAAAGGUUUCUUUGAACUGUCUCACUUGGUUGUUACCUACUAAGCAGUUAUACAAAAGGCAUUUUUUUUUUUAGAGUGCUGUUUACAAAAUCACUCCAGCUACAACAUGGAAAAUUGACUAGAGGAGAGCUAAGAUGAAAAUAGGAAGACCAAUGAGGAGGCUGUGGUUGUCCAGGUGUGAGGUGACAGUGGCUUGGACUAGAAUGAUGGCAGAGGGAGGUGAAUGUAUUCAAGAAAUAAAUCCAAACCAAGGCAUUAA